AGGUAUCCUAUUGAAAAGAUCGAGUUUAUGAUAGCAGUUUGUGAGACUAUAUGGUCAGUGUGUUUGAUAGGAUGAGACAAGUAUCGUCUUCAUUUUUAAUAGUUGGGACUUUCCAUACACAAUUCGAAAAAUAAUUGGAUUGGUUGUAUACAACAUCUGGAACUAGACACUAUGGAUUUGAACAAAUAUAACAAAACAAAAAAAGAAUAAGCAAUGACAAAUUAUUGAAUUUAGUGUGCUGUCCUUAAUUGUCAACAAUGCACAAAUAAAUUAAUAAAAACAAGAAAACAUGGAUAGCGACAGAGAGAGUGAGGAACUGUUUUCCCGGAAGCUGUCUCAGGUGAUGGACGAUAUCGGGGUCAAUGAAUUUAUGAUUGGCUGGAGAAGGAAUACACACCUUAGGCUUGAGACAAUUAAUAGUGUCACUUUUUUGAUAAAUAAUUUAGAUGGUACUACAUAUAUCUUUGGUAGUCAAAGUGAAGCCACUACAACUCUUGGGAUGAAAUCUGACACUGACACUUUGAUUAGUAACAAAAGUGUUCAUGUCAUUCUUAAAAGGGACAAAUGGCAGAAAGGAAAGCGAAAUCUUUUGGUUUUAAGGGAUGAGCACACUCCUCCUCAGCACUGCUACUUACAGAAAAUGAGAGGCGACGUUCGUGAACCAGCAGUACAAACAGAAAGUCCUGAUGAUGUGCUGAUUAGUGAUGGGAGAGUUUUAAAGGCCAAUACACAUGUGUUAAUACAAAAAUAUUAUAGUAAAGAUCCUGAAAUUAUUCGCAGCGGACCAUCAAUAUCUAACACAACCAAAGUGGACAGUGUUUUUGCAUGCCAAUGUGCUGAACUGCCAGAGGAAUGCAAGUUCAUGUUUCACAGACCACGUCCAGGACACUGGCCCAGAAAAGACAUAAUGGACAAGGCAAGGCAGUCUGUAGUAUUCCUUGUACCACAGGGCUACAGUGAGAGCCCCGCUAGAAAAGUAACACGUAAACCUUCAGCAUUUGUUUGUAUGAUCCCGUCAACAUCACCAAACUACCCUUAUUCAAAAUGGCAGUGGAGGUUUUCAACUUCAUUAAUGGAAAGAUAUUUAAUGUUUGAUUUAACAGUUGAACAAGUGAAAGCAUAUACACUUGCCAAAGUGAUAAGAAAAUCUGUUUUCAAACCACUGUAUGGAGAUCGCUUCAGCACUUUUCAUAUUAAGACUGCAAUGAUGUAUACAGUAGAAAACUACCCCCCUACAAUAUGGAGGGAAGACAACAUUGUGCAAUGUGAAACUACUUCAGCCAGUAGAAGCACUGAAAGCACUAGAUCACCUACUAGAGUACACAAAGGGGACACGCGAUGGCCACAUAGACACAGCCCUCAACAUGCUGGGCCACUGCUUUGAACUGCAGAACAGACUGGACCAGGCUUGGUUGUGCUACAGAAACUCAUUAAACAUUUAUAACAAAGACAAUGCUGCCAUCUGGCAUUUAGCCAGGAUAGUACAUGAGUGUAUAUCAAAGACAAUGCUGCCAUCUUGCUGGUAACCAGAAAUGUACAUAGGUGUAUAACAUAGACAACACUGCAUUCAAAGCAUGUAGCCAGGAUGGUACAUAAAUCUACAUUAAAUGAUGUUCUCAGAGGUGGUCCAAGAGGGGAAUACCUUAAGGGUUUAACCUUUUGACUUGCACUGACAAAACUGAAAUUUAUUCAGUUGAAAGUGUUGGUAAGGGGAUACUCAUCAAAGGAAAUAUAAACAAUUUCUAGUCUAAAUUGUGCCUUUUGGGCACAUUUAAUAACCUUUUUUACCUAUAUUGGAAUAAAAAGGUCGGAAAAAAGUAAAACUUUUCGAUUUAAAGGGGGCACUGGGUUCGCCAACCCCUGGAUCAGCCAAUGGUUAUUGUUAAUUGUUAUUUACAUGACUAUUAUCAUUUUUUGUUACCAAUAGUUUCAGUUUUGAUGUGAUGUUUGUUUGUGUUUCUAUAAGUACAAGGGAAUAAUUCAGUAAUAAAGAAAUGAAAGCCAGAUAUUUUGGUCAAAAUAAUGAGGCAUGUCAACAUGAUGCCUUUAAAUAUAUAUGUAUGUUGGCAUAUACUGUUGAAAGGACUCUCCCAUUACAGUACACCAUGAGGGUUCUUGUUCAGAAAGUUCCCUUUUGAUGUGCAUUGAAUGCGCCUUCAAAAUGGUCAUUUGCAAGGGUCAAAGUUCAAAUCUUUAUUUGUGUGUGUUUUAACUUCUUAGUUUGUACAUGUUUUUGCUUGGAUAUACAGGGUUAGACACUAACAUUUUUCACAAGGUAGUCCCUCAGACUACUAGAUCUGAAAUCCAGGCAGUCCAGCAAAAAUUUUGAUAGUCCAAAAAUGCAAGCCUACAACGGAUUCCUUCAGUGUUUUGCGAGACUUUAAGCCUUUUCCUUAAAACAUUGUCCUUUGAUUGUUCAUGUUUUUUAUCUAUCUCAAUCCUGGAAGUAAGAUUAUUGGUCCACGUUCUUCAAAACAUUUUUUGGUCAUUAAAUUUUAUUUUGAAUCCUUAAAAAAUAAUAAUCUAAAAACCAUGCUAAAAUACCACAGAAUUAAAAUCUAAAAACCUUGCUAAAAUACCCCAUAAUCUGUCACUUCAAGGAAAAUGGUGCAAUAAAUCACCUCGCCCAAGAUCAGUGCUAAGUUAC